GACGCUGCCGCAGUUGCUGCUUGUUGCUGCUUAAAUAGUCUGUCUGCUGCUGGGUAACCAGGAGCUGGGCAAGGAAUCUCCGCUGCACGCAGCUCCGGCUUUCAUUGGCUCCAGGUGGCAAAUUGUUCCCUCUUCGGCGUGGCUUCGCCGAGCCCCCGGCAAAAUGCUCUCGAAAACCAGCCAUUUGCUCAGGAAAUUCUCCACCACAGCCACGGUUUACUACCAAAACAAGCUAAAGCUGGCUUUAAUAGGCCAAAGCCUAUUUGGACAAGAAGUCUACAGGCACUUGCAAAAAGAAGGCCACAAAGUUGUGGGAGUGUUCACGGUCCCAGACAAAAAUGGAAAGGCUGACCCUUUGGCAUCAGCUGCAGAAAAAGAUGGAACCCCGGUGUUUAAGUUCCCAAGGUGGAGAGUUAAGGGCAAGCCUAUUGAAGAAGUUGUUGAUGCAUAUAAAUCAGUUGGAGCCGAGUUGAAUGUACUUCCAUUCUGUACACAGUUCAUUCCUAUGGAUGUUAUUGAUGGUCCAAAACAUGGUUCAAUUAUUUAUCACCCCUCAAUCCUUCCCCGUCACAGAGGAGCAUCUGCAAUCAAUUGGACUUUGAUUCAAGGAGAUAAAAAGGCAGGAUUUACUGUUUUCUGGGCUGACGAUGGCCUAGAUACUGGACCCAUUCUUCUGCAGCGGGAAUGUGAUGUUGGCCUGAAUGAUACUGUGGAUGAGCUGUAUAAUCAGUUUCUUUUCCCAGAGGGAAUCAAGGCGAUGGUAGAAGCUGUACAGCUGAUUGCUGAUGGUAAAGCUCCUCGUAUACCUCAGUCUGAAGAAGGGGCAACUUAUGAAGGCAUCCAGAAGAAAGAAAAUGCAAAGAUUUCUUGGGAUCAACCAGCAGAAGCUCUGCACAACUGGAUCAGAGGGCAUGAUAAAGUACCUGGAGCUUGGGCAAUGAUUGAUGGCCAGAUGAUUACUUUCUAUGGGUCAUCCCUACUUGAUGGUUCAGCACCUCCAGGUGAAGAAUUAGCAAUUGAAGGUGCUUCAAAACCUGGUCUCGUAACUAAGAAUGGGCUGGUUCUUUUUGGCAAUGAUGGAAAGAUGUUGCUGAUAAAAAAUCUACAGUUUGAAGAUGGAAGAAUGAUUCCAGCAUCUAAAUAUUUUUCCACUGAUGAGAUAUCUGUGUUAGAACUUACUGAAGAUGAGAAAAAUAUGGCAGAAGAUAUUAAGUCCAUUUGGAAGGGAAUUUUGAGCAAUGUGGCUAUCAUUGAGGACUCCACUGACUUCUUUAAAUCUGGAGCUUCUUCUAUGGAUGUUGUUAGGAUGAUUGAAGAGAUCAAGCAAAAAUGUGGUGGGCUCGAGCUGCAGAAUGAAGUUGUUUAUAUGGCCCCUAAGUUUGGAAACUUUAUCCAAAUGGUUGUCAGGAAAUACAGGGGAGAAGACAAGGAAGAAGAAUUAGUCAUUGACUAUGUUUCAAAAGAUGUCAACCAUAUGACUGUGAAGAUGCCUUAUCAGUGUUUUAUCAAUGGGCAGUUUAUUGAUGCUGAAGAUGGAAAAACAUAUGACUCUAUAAAUCCAACAGAUGGAUCCGUGAUUGCUAAAGUGUCGCUUGCUACAGUCAGUGAUGUUGACAAAGCAGUUGCAGCUGCAAAAGAUGCCUUUGACCAUGGUGAAUGGGGGAGGAUGAAUCCAAGAGAAAGAGGGAGGUUAAUGUACAGACUUGCAGAUCUGAUGGAAGAAUACCAAGAGGAACUGGCAACCAUUGAGGCUAUUGACUCGGGAGCUGUUUACACGCUAGCUUUGAAGACCCAUAUAGGAAUGUCAGUGCAGACCUUCCGAUACUUUGCUGGAUGGUGUGACAAAAUACAGGGUUCUACCAUCCCAAUUAACCAUGCACGUCCAAAUCAUAACUUAACAUUCACCAAGAAAGAACCCUUAGGUGUCUGCGCAAUUGUCAUUCCCUGGAAUUAUCCACUGAUGAUGCUUGCAUGGAAGAGUGCAGCAUGUUUGGCUGCUGGCAACACUUUAGUUCUGAAACCAGCACAGGUCACUCCUCUGACUGCCUUAAAGUUUGCAGAGCUCUCCGUUAAAGCAGGAUUUCCCAAAGGUGUUAUAAAUAUUCUACCUGGUUCAGGUGGUUUAGCAGGACAACGCUUGUCUGAACACCCAGAUAUUCGUAAACUAGGGUUCACUGGCUCAACACCAGUUGGUAAACAAAUCAUGAAAAGCUGUGCGGUCAGCAACCUGAAGAAAGUUUCUCUGGAACUGGGUGGAAAAUCCCCACUGAUCAUAUUCAAUGACUGCGAACUUGACAAAGCUGUGAGGAUGGGCAUGGGGGCAGUUUUCUUUAACAAAGGGGAGAACUGCAUUGCGGCUGGUAGACUCUUUGUGGAAGAAUCCAUUCAUGAUGAAUUCAUUAGGAAAGUGGUGGAAGAAACCAAAAAGAUGAAAAUUGGCGACCCACUUGACAGAUCCACAGACCACGGGCCACAAAACCAUAAGGCACAUUUGGAAAAGCUUCUGGAGUACUGUGAAACUGGAGUGAAAGAGGGAGCUACACUAGUGUAUGGAGGGAGACAAGUAUGUAGACCAGGUUUCUUCAUGGAACCUACCAUAUUGACAGAUGUUGAAGACCAUAUGUAUGUUGCACGUGAAGAAUCUUUUGGUCCUGUAAUGGUUAUUUCCAAGUUCAAAGAUGGGGAUAUUGAUGGUGUUUUAGAACGAGCCAACAGUACAGAAUAUGGCUUGGCUUCAGGAGUUUUCACUAAAGACAUAAGCAAAGCUCUCUAUAUCAGUGACAAACUAGAAGCUGGAACAGUGUUUAUCAACACUUACAACAAAACUGAUGUGGCAGCUCCAUUUGGUGGAUUUAAACAGUCUGGCUUUGGAAAAGAUUUAGGUGAAGAAGCACUUCAUGAGUAUCUCAGAACAAAAGCUGUAACAGUGGAGUAUUAAGCAUCUCAGCUUAUGUGGCAAAGCAAUUCCAUUGCUAACAGAUUCAACUUUAAAAUACUUCCUUAAACUCAAGGCAAGACUACAGAAGCACAAACAGCAGAAGUGUGACAGAACUCUACUGGCAUUGAUGCCAACCAGCAAAGGAAGAGUAGCAUUUACAGCAGAAAUGAGACAUCUCCUCCCGCUGCGCCACUUAUUGCCAGAUACGUAUGUGGAUCCAUCAGUGGAAUCUUGUAUUUGUUAGGAUCAUUUGUGAAUCAGACUGCACUGUGAAGUAUCUUCUCCUCUUCUGUAGUCCCUUUUGUUUUGUUAUCUCCACCAUUCACUGCAGUUAACCUAAAUGCUCACCUACAAGACUACCAAACAUCCAGUGGUGGGAUAAGUACCUCCAUAUCAGCAUACUGAAAUCUCUGGUCCCCUAAGAGAGAAGCUACAUACUAUAUUCCUUGUUUCCCUGAAGAAGCAAAAUAGGAUGGGAUUUCUAAAAAUGUGGACUACACCAGCAUUAAGUUCUUUCCUUCCUGUAAAUUCAGCAUAUUAAGCAGCACAGAAAUCCAGCUGGCCAUAAACACUGUAUAUAAUUCAAGGAAGUGCACUUAUUAAGAUUUUGUAUGACAGAAAGAGCUCAAAAUCUGUGUUAAACUAUGCAUAUAAAAGCUAUGGUAAAUGUUUUAGAACCAACUUGCCAAUGAAGAAUAUAUAAUCUGCAUAGGUGUGAAUGCCAAUAUCCAAUUAA